UUCAGGUCUCUUGUGUGGAGCAGGGAGGGAGAUUGUCAGCCAUGGAGCGUGUGACGGGAGGAGGAGUGCUUCAGCUGGCUUUAGCGAGUGUUGGUGUCUUGCUGCUUUAUCGGAUCCUCGUCCGCCUCAGACCGGGAGCCGCUCUCCAGGAUGCUGUAGUGGUCAUCACAGGAGCCAGCUCUGGAUUGGGGAAAGAGUGUGCGCGGGUCUUCCACGCUGCAGGUGCACGGCUCGUUCUGUGUGGACGAGAUGCAGGCCGCCUGCAGCAGGUGGUCCAGGAGCUUACAGCUACUUCAACAGGCUCGCAGCGGCAGACUUACACCCCCAGCACCGUUACCUUUGACCUGGCUGACACAGACACAGUGGACAGAGCUGCACAGGAGAUCCUGAAAUGUUAUGGACAAGUGGAUGUCCUCAUUAAUAAUGCUGGAAUCAGUUACCGUGGCAACAUACUGGAUACCCACCUCUCGGUUCAGCGGGAUGUUAUGGAAACAAAUUACUUUGGAACCGUUGCUCUUACUCAAGCUCUUCUGCCCUCCAUGGUUCGCCGGCGUGCUGGCCACAUCGUUGUCAUUAGCAGCGUCCAGGGAAAGAUAGCCAUUCCUUACAGAUCAGCUUAUGCUGCCUCUAAGCACGCCACCCAGGCCUACUUCGACUGCUUACGGGCCGAGAUGGAUCGCUACGGGAUUCCAGUGACCGUGAUCAGUCCCGGGUACAUCCGAACCAACCUGUCGGUGAACGCCGUCACAGGAGACGGCUCCAAGUAUGGAGUUUUGGAUAAAACCACAGCAAUGGGUCGGGACCCUCAGGAUGUGGCUCAGGCGGUACUGAAGGCUGUCCGUCAGAGGAGCAAAGAUGUUGUUUUGGCAGGACCUCUGCCCAGUCUGGCCAUCUACCUCCGCACACUGUGGCCGGCACUAUUCUUCAAACUCAUGUCCUCUCGCGCUCGCAAGGAGCAGAGACCUAAAGACGAGUGAUGCAGCAGCAGGAGAGGACCAAGAGGCACAUGAACCACAACACGAAACUGGCUGCUUCACAUUGAGGCCCAAUGGAGAAGCAGCAGAUGUGAAUAGAUGCAGCUCUUCAGUAACACUUUGCCAUAUCAGGGUUGUAACCUGUGAUUUGUAACAUCUGUGGUUGACCAGGACAGCCAGGUUGUGGUGUUCAGCUAUUGCAAUUAAUUAAAAGACGCUGUGAGCAUGCAAUGCUGUUUAUUUUAACUCCUUGACAUGGAUUUGGUUUUACAAAUGAAAUGCUCUAACUGUUCUCUAUUUUCAGGAGUAGCAAUAUGCUUGGAACAGUAAUGUGUGUUUAAUAUCUUUUUACCACAUUAAAAUGAUGUGAAAUGUG